UACCAAGCGGUGAGCAACCCAAAAGAAGAGGAGCAAAAAAGCAAGCAGUGCUCGCAGAACCUGCCAACCUCCCCCCAGUGUACAGUGUAUGUGUGUGUGUUUGCGCUCAGUGAUAAGGAGCAUUGAGGAGGUCCUGCAGGAAGAGCAGGGAAGUGGUGGUGUGCGUGUGCGAGGACACCCACGCAGCUGAAAAUUUGCUUCCUACGCGGGGGUGACAAAAACUGGGAUUCGGAAUCCCGCAAGAUAUUGCACAUAAAGUUUGCAAUAGUGUGAAGAGUGAAAAGUGAAUUGAACAACUGUUUAAAUAGUUUGUGUGUCGAACUUUGAGGAAUUGCUCGGUUGGUUCAAAUCGACCGUUGAACGUUCCUCAACAUCUUUGGAUACCAAACCUGCACCAGAAAACCCCGAACAACUAGGUGUACGAAGCGCAACAGUAUCUCCACCAUGCAGAGCUUCCUGAUAGCGUCGACGCUGUACGCCGUUCUGAUGGCGACCUGCAGUGCGUCCUCCCUGGGCUACCCGGUAUUCGGGACGAAGCGGUACACACGAGCUAAUCUGCUUCCACCGAGUGAAUACGGAGGCUCACUCUCGCUGCCGGUGUACUCGCAGAUUAUUCCCCAGCAACAACAGCAGCAGCAGCAGCAACAGCAACAGUACUACGACAGUCAACCACAGUACAUGCCGCAGUAUGCAGCGUCGGAUUAUUACGACGACAGUGGGUACUAUGGUGGCAACACCAACAACUAUUACUACGUUCCACCAGUAGUGCACCGACGGCAUCAGCGGCACGACCGGUAUCCCUCGUUCGGGCUCCCAACGUACCGUGGAGAGUACAAACCCACUCCGUACUACUACGCUCAUGCCCCCAGCUACAGCUACUCGGACGACCGAGAGUCCAACAACCCACUGGACGACCUGCACGAAGAAAUGCUCCAGGAAGACGAACGGGAACGGGCUCGGGAAUACAUGCCCGUCGGCACGGAACAGUGGUACGAGAACCUACCCCCUCGCCACGCUCCCGACUCAACUUUCCUGCGCAAUCUCAUCAUGUACAACCAGCAGAUGAACGCCCUGCGCAACAAGCAGCAACUCGAAUCGGCCGAAGAGUACGACGAGUACGAAGACAGCGAGCCGGAGUACUACGACCUAAACCCGUCCUACGUCGACAACCGUAACAACUACAACGCUUUCGUCAAUCCCUACACCGGCUCCAGCAACACUCCCGUCAGCAGCAGUAGCAGCAGCUCCAGCAACACCUUCAACAAGAUCAACAGUCUGCGCAACAGCAUGGCCAAGAACGCCGUCGAAGACGACGAAGAAGUGCAAGAGCUCAAAUCCCUCAUCCACCAGCAAAAGAACAGCCGACUCCAGCAGCAACAACCCCAGCCCCUGCAACAGCAGUACCAAGUGCACACCCCGAACCCGAUGCAAGACAUCAAGCAGCAACAGCAACGCUCCGUCGCCAACGACUACUCCCAGUUUGGCAUGGACUCGUUCCAGCAGGACAGUCCCCAGCAGCAGCAACAACCCCAGCAGUACAACAACUACGAGUACGACAACGAAUACGACGACAGCUGGAGCCACUGGGACCGCAAGCGAAACGUUCAACCCAAGAAGGUCACUCCGACGACGACGACCACAACGACAACCACUACCGCUAGCCCCAGCACCAGCACCACAACCACCCUAAAACCAAUCGUCGAAAUCAUCCACGGACGGAACGGCCAGAAGGAGGUGGUUCUGCCGCGGCCGGCUUCACCGGUGCGGAAUCCCUUCGCAAACGUGAACCUUGGCAAGCUGCACAAAGCUCAGAAACCGGCGGCGGCUGGGUCGGAUGCCAACGUAAUUGCAGCGGCACCGCCCGCCGGUAAAACGGCGGCCAAGCCGGGCAGUGUGUACGACACGAUCAAGAAGAUCAUCAACAUGCAGCAGAACUUGGAGGACGCCGAGCUGUCCCACCAGCUGGACAGCCAGAAGCACCAGGGCAGUGGCCGGCUCCAGAAGCGGUUCGUGGCCAGCGCCGAGUCGCUGGUCCAGCAGCUGGACGGACUCAAGCGGACGGCGUAAGUGCGCAUAGCUAAUUAAUCUGCCGGCAACCAAUCUGUAAGCUACUUUUAGCCGCUGAACAAUCCAUCUUGGCCGGUUUGGCACCAAGAAACAUUUGCUGAGGGCGUGUGUUUCUCUCGAAAGCAAAUGGUUACAAAUUGCUCCAUUUCUAAAGCAUUUAGCUCUAUCUCUCCAUAGUUGCCACGAAACAGACAAAUGUUAUGCAAUCAUAUGAUACACACACAAACACACAAACAAAAAUUCCACAAAAGCAUUUCUCAAUGAUCAAGCCGCUUUACGGAAAUAAAAAAAAAUACACAAAAACACAUUGGUGAUAAACUUUUUAUACGAACUAAAUCAACCAGAAAUUGAAACUAUUUUUGUGAUUAUUUUUCCGUUGUUUCGGUGAGUCACACUGGCAAAUUAUAAAAUGGAAAAGGCUCUUCUUCACGAAGCGUGUGGACUAACAGAAAGGGCUACUUCACAUUGAACUUGAUAACCACACAGAGACACAAAAAAACACUGAUUGAGACUGACUUUAUGUAAAAAGAAACAAAUUAUUAAUGAGUAUAAAAGUAUAUAUAUUUACUGAAAAAAGAGAAAUAAAAACAAAAAAAUAAAAACAAACUGUUUAAACAAUUUUUAAACAUUUUAAGUAACCUUUUUACUUUCAAUUAGAACCGAACAAAAUACUCUCUUCAUACUUGAACAACUGUACAUACUACCAAACACCUUUGAGAAAGCUAAAACGUUUGCUCAGUUUAAACCAGCUUUCUUGUCGGUUCAGUUCAGUACAUCUGUUCCAGAAUCCAGGGAAGGGUGAUGCUCGGCAUCGUUCACCUUACGAGUUGGAAUAUUUAAAGCUAGAACGAUGCCCGACCAUCGCCCGAUCCCCCGUUCCAUCCGACCUGUUAUCGUUAAGAGAACUUAAAUCAUGUCAAUUUUUAGCCGAUCAAAUUUCGCUUUUUCUACCAUUUUUUACACACACUUUUCUGUAAAAACUAUCUUCGGAAAGUACACACGACAGCGGUCGUCCUCAAUCUCGCUUACAGCUUUAACGUGCAUCUCACAGAUAAGAAAACAAAAGAUCUCAGAAAAUUUUGAAUUUAAUAAAUUUAAAAAAACACGCAGCAUAAGAAACUAAACAAUAACAAACAUAAAAUGACAAAUCGUGUGAGGAAAAUAAUCAGCGGAAAGAGACGACAAGACCCUUCCAAUGGCAGCUAGCUCCCAUACAGAAUAAUCAUGAAUAAAUAUAAACACAUACAAAAAAACACUCACAAGCGCAGCUCGUGCAUCGGUGGACCCCUCGGUCACGAUUGCACCUGCUGCCCGGGAAUUAUAAACUAAAAAUAUAUCGCAAAAUUAGGUAUGAUAAUGGAAAGAAACAACUAUUAAAUUAACUCAAAGUUACCGAGCUGUGUUGUUAUGUGUGCGUUUAGUAACCAAUCACACAAGCAAACACAACGGAGUCACCCCUCGGCGCGCCGUUCGGGAGUAUCAUCAGGCAAAGAGAACCCAAUUAAGAGGCAGGUGGCUCCAAAAUUUGUACAUAAAAUCAACAAAUCAGAUAGCCUAAAACAAAUCAUGUUUCACCCAACCCCCAAAAAGCCACCCCCACCAUCCCACGAAUCCCCGACCUUUCUUCGACCAGAAUCUUGUGUUAACCUUUGACAUUCACCGCCUUGGGUUUGCCUGUUUGCCCGGGUUCUGUUUUUUUUCCACGUGCGCACUGAUUAAAAUAAGCACCGCAUUUUCCGCUCCGUUUACCCCAUCCACCUUCCCCUCGGCAGCACCGCCCACCGGUUGACAUUUGGUCGGCUUUCCCACAGCACUCCCACAACCUGUAAGAACCUGAGAUGCUACCGGAGGAGGAUGCUUUCAUGUUGAAAAGGUCACAUUCCGAGUUGAUCUUUGGGUGCCGAUCUUUGAGGAGAUGUCGGCAAAUUGUUGAAGGAUUGUUUUUUUGAUUUGAUUUAUUGUCGAAAGCAUAAAUUUCACUACGAGAGCAAGGACUGGAUGUAGCUAAAUGUAGCAUUGAGUAAUUCUAUAGUUUAGAAACAGGUAGAUAAAGUUACUAACAAAAUGAAUAAGAUCAUACAAUAAAUGCUUUUUGAAUUAUUCCUAACCUUUUUUUUUUUGUGUCAAAAAAACUUAAUACGAACCCAUCAAUUACAAUUGUCGCACCCCUCGGCUUCGAACGAGGAGCAAAAACAACUCAAGAGAGCAAGACACUACUCACACGUGGGAGAGUGAGUCCUGUGUGAGAGGACUUCCGCCGUCGGCGAUGUCCUGGUCCUGUGACCGCCCUGCCCCGACACUCUGGUGGAGAAGCAUCAAAAAUUUAUAUCUCCGCACACACACACCAACUGUAGAGCAUUUGCGCGAUGACGUCAAUCGGACCCCUCGUCGUUCCUGCUCCUCAAGCCCCCUUCACUUUUCCCAAUAAUCAGAAGGACUGUUUUUUUCUUCUCACAACCCUGAAGUGGUGGUGGUUAGUUUGUUAAUUUAUGAACAUUGAAAAAUUGGUGCUAACUAACUGUUUUCGCCCCGCCGGCUAAUAAUUGAUGUCCGGGGGGUAACUCCAGUUCCCGGAACCAACUUUGGAGACCUUCCCGGGGUGUUUCACUUGCGUGCCACUAGGAAGAGCACCUUGGGGAACGAGCGCACAUUCCGAGGCCAGCAAUUUUUUGGCCAGCGAGCCAUUGUCCGUGUAACUAAUUAUCACCGCACACCACAUGUGGGACCAUCUGAUCUUCUUGGAACUCACCGUGGGCAGACACGUGUUUCCGGGGGAUGUAGGAAAGUCUUUGCAAAAUGGUCAAAAUAUGUUCUUGAAGUUAUUAACUAAUGGAAUGUCGGCAUUCGAGCAGUUUUUUUCCAAAAAGCAAAACUUUCAGUUUUGACAGUUCCUAAAACUAGACCGCUUUUGAGUCAUUUGUUUCUUGUACAAUCACCUCAAAAUUUUAGAAAGAUUGUAUAGUCAAUCGUGUUGUCGUAUCGUGUAUUUCUGUCAUUUCAACGACUCGAAUCCGUUACUCAAUUUUGACAACUUAAUCGAUUCGUUUGAUGUUCUUCUAUCAAACUAUAAACUGUCAUAAAACUGCUCGAUUCCGGAAAACCCCAGGAAACGAGGUCAUCGCGUGCACUAAUUCGCUUCGACGACAAAAUUCCAGUGCAAAAUUCGCCCGAAAACAUAAAAAAGAACUCGUGAUUACACCAAUUAAUCCCAGGUAUAAUUACCAGAACCAUGGGUUGAAUUGGCAAAUUUUCGACGAAUCGUCAACCCUCGACUCAAUUAUUUAGAGGCUCACGCCAGCCCACUUCAGUAUGCCCUUUUUCCGGGUACAAAAUAUGGCUAAGCCUUCCCAGAACAUCGGCUUUGGGCGCGAACAUUUAGUCACGUAAACAAUUAUUAAAUAUCCUCUCAUAAACCCCUGACAUACACCUUCAGUAACGAUGCAAUAUGUAUAGGAAAAUAUUUGAAAAAAGUCACACAAAAAUAAAAAUCAGUACCUAAACGAACUAAACUGUAAAACUUAACAAUACAACAAAAAAAACAUCACAAAUUUCGUAAUCUGAAAACAAAAUAAAAAUACAAUAGAAGCAAACAACAAACACAUCGAUAAUCGAACUAUUUAACUACUAGAUAGAUAUACAAACUAAACGUGAAAAGGGCCUAUUAUUUCUACUGUGCUAUGCUAGUGAAACAACACACGACAAAAAGAUUAAACAAUUUGCCCAAUCAACCCCGUUUCGGUGUGUUGUCCCGGAAAAAACAGUAGCAGCAGCAUCCCCCAUUUUCCGUGACCCAAUUUCUGGCCCCAGUUGACGGGUCAAUGGAAUCGACCGCACGACAAGCCAUCGAGAAGGAGGCAUUUGGUUGCGCUCUGGAUGGGCUACACUCAAAAUUUUGAUUGGUAAAUUCGAGCAGUUUAAGAAAAAAAUUAUGUCAAAACUGCUUGAAAAAGUUAGUUUUUUUUACAAAACUUCUUCUAGAAUAAUUUAAUAUUUUUUGAUAAAAAAAAAUAAACAACUCAUAUUACAUAAUUUCAGUUGUUAAUUCCAGCAGCCAAAACAUGUAUUAUGAACUUUUUAAAAUGUUUCUGAAUCGUUUCUUUUUUUUUUUUUUUUGCUAAACACCACUUUAAAAGCUUUCUCUAAUAAAUGUCAACAUCUGGAAAUAAACUGUCAGAACUGCUCGAAAAACGUAACCUAGAGUCGAAAUGGCAAUUCAAUUCGAGCGAUUGGAAUGACAGGUAAUAAGAAAUACUAUUCAGGAAAAUUUACAAACUGCUCGAAUGCAAGUAUCUCAUUGAUACAAUUAUCCAGAUUAUUUGAAAUAAAUUUGCUCAUCAAGUUAUAGACCCUAGAUAAAAACGAGAUUUUUUUUUUCUAAGUUUUGAGGUAAAAACACAAAAGCUUCAUCAGUUCAAAUUUUGCGUGUAGCUUCCCACGCGGAAAAUCAAGGGGAUGCCGUUCCAGAGUGGUUGGGCAGGGAAAAUCCAAAAGUUUGGCCCGCCAUUAUCGAUCCGGCACACCAGGAAGCCCCACACACACACUAUUAGCGGAAUUAAGCUCUUGAUUGAUGGGGGAUUGCAGCUGCUACCAUGUGGCUGACCGUGCGUCCCCAUUUGGGCAUUGCACGUGGUGGAGGCGCAACUCGUUAGUACAUGUUUUUUUGUCGUUGGCCGCUUUUUGUAUAUUUGCCCACUCAUAUACAGACACAUGCACACAUAUAAAAACACACACACAAACUAGCAAUGUUCCGACAUGCGAACAGAUGAAUAAACGAUAUAAUCUGUGUUACUAAUGAAAACAAGAUAGAAAGAAAAAAAGUUGAUUGCAGCAAAGCAGGAAAAACAAAAGCACACGAUAUGAAGAGAACAAAAACCAAGUUUGACAAUAACUAACUUUUUAAAAAAGUAUAUUUUUAAUUAGAAUGAAGAUAGCGAAAACCUAAACCUUGCAAGAUGUUAAGUGCAAACAACCAUAAAUCAACCAAGUUGAGAAGUGUAAAGUGUAGCAAAACCCCAGCGGCGGGCCACGUGUGGACGCAGCAACGGCUGCACGUGGAUCGGUGCGAAAAAAAACUAGAGGAGAAAAAAACUGAAUGUCAUAAACAGCAACAGAAAGAAUGAUGUGAAUGUUUCCGUUCGAAUAUAUAAAUGUGUAAUUCACUUUUUUGAGUGUACUUUCGUUAUCUUUUCGCGAGCGAAAAUAGAAAGCACGAAAGUGUCACUGCGUAGUGCCAAGUUUUCUGUCUAGUUAAAAGUUGGGAAGGAAGACUUUGAUUUAUCGUUUUAUGUUACACAUUUUGAGGACAAAUCAAAUUUUGCUCUAUUCCUGGUGAAAUCAACCCAUGGAAAACAUGUUAAACUUAAGUGUGUACAGUUUUGUGGAACCUACUGGGACGAGUAAAACGGUCUUCAUAAAAAUUAAAACAAAAAAUGUACAUUUUAAAAACAAUCAUAUACCAGACACAUUUGUCCCCUAAGUUGAUCAAACUUUCAUUCGAAGCAUUCGAAAUUGGAAUCUGGCUUUCAAUUUCAAAGUGAAAUGAGGAUGAGAACGGCGCGUUGUUAGAAGCACAAAUUAGGAGGUCGACUCCACUAUCACGGAGCACGACUCUUGGACGGCAGAGCAAAAUUGGAACCCAUUUUCCAUUCGGCUUAAAUCGUUACGCAAAGACCGCUACCCUUGCCCAGAAAACAAACCCCGCAAAUUACACAACCCCUCAAGCCAUCCAAACACACACUCACACACACACACACCCGUUAAUGAAAACAGUAUUAUGCAGCAGCCUUUGAAAAUGCAGCUUUGUUCAAAUGAAUAGAACAAAAACCCCAUUACAGAGAGUGCUUUUAAGCAUCACCAGCUAAUCUAAAACAAAAAAAGAAGACUUACAAUGAAAAGUGUUACCGGCAACAAAGAGCAGCAGGCGAUGAAUUACUAGGAAAAAAAACUAAAACAAAGCAAAAACAUUUAACAAAAAGAAGUGUAACGCAUACCCAAACCAUGUAACCAGCAUAGGAGCAAAUGGAAAAGGGAAUGUGGAAUUUGAGGCUUCUUCUAUAUACAUUCAAAUUAAGAAAAAAAAAUAAGGAAAAAACACACAAAUGUACAUAUCUUCUCUAUAUAUAUUUAUAUAUUACCUAGAGAAAACAAACUGCUUUGUACAUAUAAUAUUAAUUAUACUAUGACCAUGAAGAACAAUUGAAAAUAAAAUAACAAGGUGGAAAUCUAAGCAAA